GGAGGGGGCUCGCAAGCACACAGCGACACCCCACAUCGACAGGCGCUGUCGCAGAGCGACAAUGCGGCAGCGGUGACGACCUGCUCACUAGCGCACGCUCGCUGGAAUCGGGAUAUCGGUUUGUACAUGGAUGUCGGUUUGGAUAUGGUCCCGUUUGGAGAUGCGGCGAGCCUGCCUCGCGCUUUGGCUUCCAUCAGCGCCGCUCUGUUUCGGAGGCAGCCUUGCCUUGCAUCUACCACCUUCACCAUCGCAAUCGCUCGACGUCACUGCUAGUUGAUCAUGUCCCACUGCCGCGAAGAGGACGCCGGACACCACCACCACGAUGACGAUCACCACCAUCACCACGACCAUGAGCACGAUCAUGACGGCCCCGACAGGGGACUUGAGUCAUCGCUCUUCAACAAGAUCGACAUUGAGCAUGUCCGAUGUCUGAACGAGUCCGUCGAUGGCGCCGGAAAAGCCGUCUUUAAGCACUGGAUCGACCGCUUCGACACAUCCAAGGCCGUUACCAGCGAUGCCGACGAACAGCUUAUAUUUAUUAUCCCGUUCACCGGGAGCGUCAAGCUCAAGUCCAUCGCUGUCCUGGGCAGCCCUGGACCAUCUGUCAUGAAAGCGUUCAUCAACCGAGAGGACAUUGACUUUGAUUCGGCGGACAGCACCAAGCCUGACCAGGAAUGGGAGCUGGUCGAGGAUCCUGGUCAAGAUCUGCCCGAAUAUCCAACAAGGAUGGCAAAGUUCUCGAAUGUUCGCAGCCUGGCCUUGUAUUUCCCAAGCAACUUUGGGGCCGACACCACCACCAUCACAUACAUUGGCUUCAAGGGCGAAUGGACCGAGGUCAACAAAGACCCCAUCAUCACCAUCUACGAGUUGGCAGCGAACCCGGCGGACCAUACACUUUAUUCAGAAACAAACGUGACAACACAGCUGCUUCCAUGAACAUGUAGUAUGUGAUGUGCUUGCGUCAAGCAAAGCCAUAAGUAAUACAAUCAAAUCACUUUGGCAGCCUCCGAGUGAAGAC